AUGUCCCUGGAACGGUAUCUCAAGACUCUCAAUACAGCUUUCAGAAGCCAUGACGGCUCCACGAUGGCUAGGUUGCUCAGUGCUAGUGCAGCAGACAGCAGUUCGUCGGGUGUCGUUGCCUACUUGGAUGAGAGGGAGAUUGAGAAGGAAUGUCCGCGUCGACUGAAAGGAGCGUUGGCCACUGUGGCAGCUGGAGUUCUGCGAUCUUGGCAUGCCUCGCACGAAGGCAGAGCGGACGAUGCACACAAGCACUACAUCGCCGCCCUUGAGUCAUUCUUGGACGGGAUUUAUGUGCCCGAGGGAAUUUGGGUUGCUCCUUGCCUCUACGGCAUGGUGGCCGGAGUGCGAAAGCUUGCCAAAAAGGCGGACUGGGGCGGGCCGGACGGGCGAAAGGCGGCAGCCCCAAGUUACGGGGAGGCGGAGGCGGAGGAGGAGGGAAGCAAGAGUAUGGUGCUCACCACGCACACGAUCAUGAGGGCGUUUCGAUUGUCCAUCAACGACCGGAGCAACGACCCGAUAACGUCGAGGAAAGCCUGCGCCCUGCACCUGGCGAUCGACAUGUUCAAGCACUACGGCGACCUAAAGAACCUCCGCAUGUGCAACAACAUCCGGGGGGUUUUGGAGCAGCACUGGACGGUCGUGGAGCCGAUGUCCUCUAGAGCAGAUUGGGUUAGCUACCGCUACUACGUGGGUGUGCUCAAGAUAUCCGAGGACAAGUACAAGGAUGCGGAGGUGGACCUGGAGGCGGCGCUAAGGCACUGCCACAACAAGGCCAGGGGAAACAAGAGACGGAUUCUCAAUAAGCUCGUGCCACUCCGGCUCCGCUUAGGGCUCUACCCCACCCUUGAUCUCCUGGUGAAAUACGACCUGGCGCACUUCCACGACUUUGCCGUCGCCAUCAGGACUGGAGAUGUGCGCAGCUUUAAUGAACUCAUGACGCAGUGGGAGAGAGUGUUCAUCUCAAAGGGAACCUACCUGCUGAUGGAAAAGUGCCUCAUGCUGGUCUACCGCAAUCUCGUCAAGAAAAUCGUCGUGGUCACCCAGACGUUCAAGCUUCCCCUACGGGUCGUGCAGUUCGCGUUCCAGAGGAUGGAGCACGAGAGAGACGUGGACGAGAUUGAAUGCCUCCUGGCAAACCUUAUCUUUAGGAAUCUGGUCAAGGGAUACCUCUCCCACAAGGCCAAGUUUUUGGUAAUGGCCAGCACCACCGAGAAGGCCUUCCCGAAGAUCCGCCUCGUCGCAUGAGGCGAUAUCUAGACUAUUAAUAGAUGCAUGUUCUCAUCGUGGAGAGGAUUAGUGUAUGUUAGAUUACGAGUGAUAACAUGGCGCAUGGUGGCUAAGCACAUAGACAGCUGUUCGCCCACGCGGAGUCUUUUGAAAGUAUUUUCCAUGGAUACCAAUGGACAUGGGGCAGGCACCCCCUGUCCCCGGCCCAUUUCCCGUCCCGUCGCUCAUUUCGGCGACGACCCUCCCCAGAUCCAUUUGGCUGACUGUUGUUUGUUGUUGUUGCUGGUGCUGCUCAGUACGUUGUACCCAUAUUCUAGAGUGGUUCUGCGGCAUGGGUGUGUAAUGUGGCCUGGUCGAAGUUGUUGUUUAGUGUGGGUGGCGCGAAGACGACGUGUUUCGCGCAAGCGCUUGGCGAUCUAUGUCUUUUGUGAAUG